AAGAUGUUCUCUUUGAUCUCUGUCUUCUGCUUUCUGGAAAUCUCCUUUAUUUUUUGUCAUUUGAGUGACCCCAGAUGCUUUUGGAGAAUAAAAGACACCAAAAACCAUCUUGGAGAUAAAGAAAGUUAUUGUUUCUUUUCUAUUUACACAAAGCAUGGUUAUGUGAAGAAUGAUUACUUCAGUUGGAAUCUAGACAAGAAGGUGACAUCCAAGACCAUACAUUUGAUUUUCUCUGUUUAUCUUGCCAUAGAAGAAAUAAAUAAGAACGACCAUAUUUUACCCAACAUUUCUCUAUUAGUUAACAUUGAAUGUAACCAACGAAUAUAUGAUGAGAAAACUGGUUUGUGUUUGAAAAGUGAGGAAAUUAUUCCUAAUUACUACUGCAGAGAUCAAACAAGAUAUUUAAUUGUACUUACAUCACCUGAAUGGGCAGUAUCUAUAAGCUUUGGACCAUUCUUGUACAUCGCGAGAAUUCCUGAGCUUUACUGUGGUCAUUUUCAUCUUCAUUUGAGUGAUAAUGAGCAAUUUCCUCAUCUUUACCAGAUGUCUCCGAAGGACACAUCUCUCCCACUAGCCAUGGUGUCCUUAGCGGUUCAUUUCAGAUGGAACUGGAUAGGAGCGAUUGUUACAAAUGAUGACCAUGGAAUUCAAUUUCUUUCUGAAUUAAGAGGAGAAAUGCAAAAGAACACUGUCUGUUUAUCAUUUGUGAUUAUUAUCCAAACUGAGAAGAUCAUGUCCCUUAAAGAGUUUCAUAUGCAUUACAACCAAAUCAUAAUGUCAUCAGCAAAAGUUGUGAUAGUUUAUGGAGAAAAAGACUCUCCUAUACAUUUUGCCCUCAUUGUGUGGAAAUCUGAAGGCAUUUGGAAAAUCUGGGUUAGUGCAUCACAAUUUGAUAUGAUCACAAUUACAGGAGAUUUCUUGCUAUACUCCUCCACGGGGACUUUCAUUUUUUCACACCAGCAACCUGAAAUACCCGGUUUUAAGCAAUUUAUCCAAACAGUACACCCUUCAAACUACAGUAGUGAACUUUCCCUUGCCAAACUAUGGUGGACGUAUUUUAGAUGUUCCUUGCCACCAUCUAAUUGUAAGAAGCUGAAGAAUUGUCCAACUGAAACUGUAUUUAAAUGGUUAUUCAUGACACCACUUGGAAUGGCCAUGAGUAAUACAUGCUAUAAUUUAUACAAUGCUAUGUAUGCUGUGGCCCACUCACUCCAUGAGAUGCUUCUGCAACAAGCAGACACAUGGUCAAAGAAUGCUGGGAAGGAACUGGAAUUUGACUCUUGGAAGAUGUUCUCUUUUCUGAAGACCUUACAAUUUGUAAAUCCUGCUGGAGACCUAGUCAACAUGAACCAGAAUUUGAAACAGGAUACAGAAUUUGACAUAUUCUUUAUAAUGGAUUUUAAAAAAUAUUCUGGACUUAAAAUUAAAAUAGGAAAAUUUUCUGGUCAUCUUCCAAGUGGUCAACAGUUACUUAUGUCUAAGGAAAUGAUUAAGUGGGCUACAGAUAUAGACCAGAUUCUACCAUCAAUAUGUAGUAUGCCUUGCAGACCAGGUCUCAGAAAAUCCCCUCAGGAAGGAAAGGACAUCUGCUGUUUUGUUUGUUACCCCUGCCCAGAAAAUGAAAUUUCCAACAAAACAAACAUGGAUCAGUGUGUGAAGUGUCCAGAGGACCAAUAUGCCAAUGAAGAUCAAACUCUCUGCCUCCAAAAAGUAGUGGCUGUUUUAGAUUAUAGAGACCCUAUGGGGAAAGCACUGGCUGGCUUUGCCCUGUGCUUCUCUGUUCUUACAUCUGUUGUAAUCUGGGUCUUCCUGAAACACCAAGAAACUCCCAUAGUCAAAGCUAAUAACCAAACUCUCAGCUAUGUCCUACUCAUCUCCCUUAUAUUUUGUUUUAUGAGUUCCUUGCUUUACAUUGGUCAUCCCACUAUGGUCAUCUGUAUCCUGCAGCAAACCACAUUUGCCAUUGUUUUCACUGUGGCUGCCUCUACUAUCUUGGCCAAGACAAUUACCGUAGUACUGGCAUUCAAGGCUACUGUUCCAGGAAGAAGAAUGAGGUGGCUUCUUGUAUCAGGGGCACCCAAAUACAUCAUCCUCAUAUGCACCAUGGUUCAGCUGAUUCUUUGUGGAAUCUGGCUUGGAAUUUCUCCUCCAUUUGUUGAUGCUGAUAUACACACGGUACAUGGCCACAUCAUCAUUGUUUGCAACAAAGGUUCAGUGAUUGCCUUCUACUGUGUCCUUGGAUACAUGGGCUCUGUUGCUCUAGCAAGUUUCACUGUAGCUUUCUUGGCCAGGAAUCUGCCUGAUACAUUCAAUGAAGCCAAGCUCUUGACAUUCAGCAUGCUGGUGUUCUGCAGUGUCUGGAUCACUUUCAUCCCUGUCUACCAUAGCACCAAAGGCAAGACUACGGUUGCUGUGGAAGUUUUCUGUAUCUUGGCCUCCAGUGCAGGGCUGCUUCUUUGCAUUUUUGCCCCAAAGUGCUAUAUUAUUUUAUUAAGACCACAGACAAAUUCUUUUUACAAGUUCAGGCAACCACAUGCUAAAGCUGAAAAUAUAAGUUAA